AUGGUUAAUGCUGACGAGGCCCUCGCCAUCGCCCUCGCACGAGAGGAGGGCGCAGACAAUCAAGAAGCGAUCCUUGCAUCCAUAGGCCCUUCACAGGCAGGAGCCUCCAGCGCUCAUCCUACCGGACCCGCCGCUGCUGAGGCGAGUGACGAUGACCUCGAGUACGCUUCGGAGGAAUCGGUGGCAGGUCUGGCACCGUCCGCGCCACCCGACCCGUAUGCGCCGACCCCUGUCGAGCCAUUGCGCAUCUCGCGCCCUCCCCGCUCUCCCCCAAAUCCGCCGGUCGAAGCGCCGAGACCUGCACCACCAAGGGUCCCCGAAAUCAUAAUCACGCCGGAAACGCCUACUCCGCCGGAAGCUGCCUCCACCGCUCAGCCCGGCGCUGAGCGCGAGUCUACGAACACCCGGCGGGCAAGCACGGACACACUUCCUCCCUACACCUCUCGGGUUCCAAGUUUGCUUUUGCCCCCAGCAUACGAUGCCCUGAGCACCCUGAGAGCAUCGCUUCCGCCAUCCAAUAUGCAUGAUCCUUCUGAGGCUAGUUCGGCGGACGAGGUCGAUGUCCAAGAGCCUCCUCCGACCCCACGUGCAGCAGAAGCGCGCGACUGGUGGCGGGAACCCUUCCCAGUGCCAUCUUCCAUUAGGCGACGCCGUUGCACGUGCGGUUCCCGAGUGUAUCACCAAGUCGUCAAGAAACGUUACACUGGUGGCAGCUUGUGGAAGCGCCUUUGCCGAGAAUCCCAUGCUCGGUGCAGGACUGCCAAGCCUAAUUGCACCGUUCACUGCAGUGGAUGCGGCAAGGCUAAAGGCUUGUGCAGCAUCAGAGGUUGCGACGGGUCGGACUCUCGUUGCGAUAUGUUGUUGUGCUGCCCACAAGUCCGGGCGCUCGCGCUGCAGAGCGCCUUCGACGUCUUCGACAACUUCGAAAGCGAGGCCUUCGCCUCGCUGGACAUCAAUACCCUCCCGUCUUUCGACGCCAUCAUCCGCCACGAGAGCGCCCGGGACCUUGUCUUGGACGUCCUCGAUGCGGUCCGCAGACUUCUCGACAUCAAUAUCGCCCAAUCCAGUGACGAUGAACGCGCUCGCGCCGCCUCGCGCUGGGUUGUGCAGACGAGCACGCUGUUCGACGCGGCGUGGGCGCUUUUCCUGCCUUUCAACAGGUUCGCGGCUACAGAUUCAACCCUGGAGCACGUUUACCUGGAGAUGCUCAGCUUCCUUCGUCUCCUCAGGCGGGCUGAGCUGAUCAGCCAGGUCGACACGCCCGCUUGCGCCGUCGAGUUUUCGCGGACUGCGAUGGACAUGUGGCUAGCGGACGCGGAUUUCGCGUCCCACCUUCCCGAGCUUGUGCCACGUCCGGAGAGGAUGGACACUCCUCUCGACCGCCUGUUGAUGGAGCUCGGGAACGCGCGGGGGGUGAUGUCGAUGCAGGCAAGCACGACGACGAGCCAGCCAACGCGUCGGAAGCUUAAGAGGCUUCUGAGCGCUAUCGACGACUUGCUUGCCGAAUAUGACAUGCUACCUGCUUAG